AUCCUUUCAUCAUAUGGACUGAGGAGUCGAAAACUAGUUUGAGCGGAGAAUAAUUCCAGGCGCGCGCUAUUGGCUCCCCGUCCUCAUCUGUCAAUCUGCGGAGGCGGGACUCUGCCUGCUCGCGCUCCCAUGAGGCGAUAGAUGCGCGAGCUGUACUUUUCUACUGUGUUGGAGCGCUUCGCAGUUCUUGAGCUUAGUCCGAGCGUCAAGUGAACGGCGUGCGAAAAGCGCAGUGGGACUUCAACCGAGGAGAAGUUAUCGAAGGAGCCUGUGGUAUUGAUUGCAGCAGCCUGCACCUGGAUAAACCCCUAUCGUCAGCGCGCAGAGAAGCGAAAGAGCGAAGAAAGUGAGUUGACGGCAAGCGGACAGCUGUUAUAGAAGGAAGGCAAUAUGAUGGUGAAGCAGCACAUGCUGUUUACCCUGUACAGCAUCUGCGGGAUCGUCCUUAAAGAUAUUCUCGCCAUUUCAGUGGCGGCAACGAAAAACAAAGUGAGAGGAGCCCAAGGCCAGUUCCCUAUUGUCCAGAACAUGACUGUGACAGAAGGAGGAAUAGCCAACUUGACCUGCCGUGUUGAACACAAUGACAACACCUCCCUCCAGUGGUCAAACCCUGCACAACAGACGCUCUUCUUUGGGGACAAGAAAGCGCUGAGAGAUAACCGGAUUGAGCUGGUCCGAGCCACAUCACAGGAGUUGACGAUCAGCAUCAGUGAGGUCACGCUGGCAGACGAGGGGAUGUACACCUGCUCUCUCUUCACCAUGCCUGUCAAAACAGCUAAGGCUUUCCUCACUGUCCUGGGUGUGCCUAAGAAACCAGAGAUCAAUGGACUGACCAAGCCUUUGUUGGAGGGAGAUCAAAUCACACUGACCUGUGUGACCUCUGGCAGUAAACCUGCAGCUGAUGUCCGAUGGUUCAAGAAUGAGAAGGAGGUCAAAGGUGCCAAAGAGGUGAAUGCCAGUGGCAAGACUUUCACAGUGAAGAGUUCCCUUCAGCUCCUGGUGAACCGGCAUGAUGACGGUGUGGCCUACACUUGUAGAGUGGACCAUGUGUCCCUAACUGCCACCCACGAAGAGACCACACAGGUCUUGGAGGUCCACUAUGCUCCCUAUGUAGAGAUCAAACACUCCAUACCAGCCCCACUGGAGGGGCAGUACCUCAAACUGGAAUGUGUACCCCAUGGAAACCCCUCGCCAGACCCAGUGCUCUGGACUAAAGACGGAGGAGAGCUGCCAGACCUGGACCGGGUGAUUGUCGAAGGAAGAGAGCUCACCUUUAUGUCACUGAACAAAACAGAUAACGGCACCUACCGCUGUGAAGCUACCAAUCACCUCGGCACCAGCCAAGCUGAAUAUAAGCUGGUUGUUAAAGAUGCCCCCACCACAUCGUCACCAUCCACAGCUUCCCCUGCACCCACCCUCCCAGACAAUACAGGUCCCUUAGACUCCAAGGAUCUCAAUUCUGCUGUCACCGGUAACAGAGAUCCUAAUGCCCUGCCAGGCCCGCCAGACCACGCUCUGAUCGGUGGAAUUGUUGCUGUCGUCGUUUUCGCCACUUUGUGCUUAAUUAUUGUAUUAGGACGCUACCUGGCACGGCAUAAAGGCACAUAUUUGACAAACGAAGCAAAAGGAGCAGAUGACGCCCCGGAUGCAGACACAGCCAUCAUCAAUGCUGACGGCAACCACGCACACGCAGAAGAAAAGAAAGAGUAUUUCAUUUAGACUGCAAUGGCACUGCGCUCCUCUCUCUCCUCUUGUUCCUUCCCUCCUUCCCUGCACCGUGUAGGAACUUCUUCAGACAGCGGCGGAAGCUUCUUCUCACUCUUUCUGUUCAUUUUGUUGUUUUUCAUUUCAGUUCGGAUUUCUUUUGCUUUUUUCAAUAACAGCUCACCUGCUACUUUAUACAAGCAACUUUUUUGCUGAAGAUGUCACAUUUUGUAAUCAUUAAAUAGCUGUAAAACACCCCAAAGUAGUACAAAAAAGUCAAAAUCUCCAAAUAUGAAAAAAUAUAUAUAUAGUCUGCAGCCAUCCUCCAGUAAGGACUCGCCCAUCAUCCUCUCACAGUGCCUAAAUAUACAGAUGUCCACUGAGUUUCAGUCAAUGCCUUCAUGUUUUUCAGGCCUCUUCUUGGUUGCUUGCUUUUUUAUCUUCAGCAUUAUGAUUUUUUAAAAUGUUUUGUGCUCUAUGUUUUUUAAAUAAUUUCUACUUUACUUUUGGUUGUGAUUCAUGCUGAAUCCAUUUAUUGUGAUGUUUCUCCCAAAAAAGAAAAAAUAACAUGUACAGUAGUAAAAAUAUACUCAGACUUGAAGUGAGGGAAGUUCCCUUUUUAUUCCACAGAUUUUUAGGUGUUAAUAAUGUUAUUGGUACGUAGAAACGCUCCAUUUUCCAAAUUACCAUUACAUGAUGUGAAACCGACAACUCACACUAUGGCUAAAAUCAGUAUUUUGUACUUGAAGUGUAGAUAUUGGUACGUAAAUGAAUAGCUCCACAGAAGGUCUCAGUGUGAGACCUGAAAAAUUACCUUGUAUUUAAAUUAGUUUAAACAGUUAGGUUUACCAACUCUGUUCACCAAAUAAACCAUAGUGGGCUAGUGAAUCAGCAAUCAGGCAAAGAAAGGCCGAACGAAAGAAAAAGCCCAGUUGUGUGUGUGUGUGUGUAUAUAUGACGAUGCAUCUCCACUGCUUGGUUCUGCAGCAGUCUGUGUAUUCCUGCACUGAUCGGCCCCCAGUCUGCAAGUGUUGUCAUAACAACAGAUCCAUGGUCGAAGUGUGAACCAUCUGAUAUAUCAUCCUUUCAGCCGUUUACACAACCGUUGUGCUGAACACACAAAAUCUCAUAACAAAGAGAGUGAUAUUUAACAAAAACAAGUAGCGUGUAACUAUUUCAGUGCUCUUAAACCUUCAAAUCACUGGUCAGAUCUUUAUACAGUCCAAGAAAGAUCCCAAAAAAAACUUUUUAUGCAAACCUGAAAAUUUCAAGUACAUUAUGAUAACGUUGAGAGAACAUUGCCCAUGUGCUGCAUACAUGAAGUCUCACUCAUUUUACAGCAUAAGGUUUAGGCCAAUCAAAAAAUAAGCACAAAUGACUCACAUCAACUCAUCAAUCGGUCUAAUACAACAAUCAUAAUGAAGUAAAAAUAACUAACUUUGAGUUUCAUUACCCAAACUGGACAUCAGUACGUUUUACGGUCACUGAAGUCACAGGUUGUUAAUGUUUGGAAGUGUUUUUGAAAUUCUGUUCUUUUGUUGAUUUCUAUGAUGAAUAGACAACCUUGCUAAGGCUGUAUAAUAUAUCUGCUAAAUGUGGUAACUAGUGAAAAUUGUUGUUAGACUUUGGGAUCCCUAAUUCCAUCAAGUUUGUAUAUUAGCUGAUCUAAAUAUUGGUGGGGAAAAUCGUUAAUUUUUUUCAUCUUAUUUGUCAUUAAAAGAUUUUCGACAACUUCAUAAUCUUUGCUUUAGCUCAAGGCAUGUAUAUACUGUACAAGUAUCACAUUUUGGUAAAACAUUUUUGAAAGAUUGUUGUUGUUUGACUCUCAAUGUAAAUUAUUUAAUUUUGCUUAAUUGAAAACCACUGAAUGAGUUUGACGGCAUUUGUGACAGCAAUGGAAUACUUAAUGAAAUGGCAAUUCUAUGUAUUUGUUGAAUGGGAGACUUCUAGUAUUUAAAACACUUUUACCUGAUGUUCGUUUCCUGUAAAUGAUGACGAUUAGUGUUCAUACUUGCUUUCGCAGUCCGUCUUCAUUCUCACAUUCGAAAGACAUCACUGAAGCUUAUGAAACCAGUAGAUGAUCAAGCUUGCAAUUUUCAUAGUAAAUCUCAAAAAUAUCUUUUCAUUUAAGUCAUAAUGCACCACAAUAACACAUAUCACUUCCAUAUACAAGUAUGUUACUCAAAUGUAAUUGUCUUGUCACAUGUAUCCCUAAUAUGUGUGAAUAUAUUAAUGGCUAGGAAUAUGAUAUCCUUUGAAAGAGUCACUGGGCUGUGUGUUAUCAGUCAGAUUACAUACUUCUUAAGGACAAACUACAGUGCACAAAAGAAGAUCUGUUUAAGCCUUAUGAAAUGAAACAUAACCACUAACAUGCUACUCAAGCCACAAUUACCGUAUUUUUUUUCUUUUCUUUUUUUUCUGCUACGUUAUCUCUCUUUAUGAGGAUAGGCUCAAAGCCAUCUGUCUGGCAUAAUAACUGCUAACAAUGUUUGGUUCUUGUCUGUCUGAUUGUGACACUGACCUAAUGCUGCCUUUGUGAUCAGUAAAAUCACAUUAUAUUAUCAAGAAAAUAUAUCCACUUGCUCAGAUUUUGACCCGUUACAGGACAUACUCAACAUUUCUAAGAAAAAAUAAAUCAGCUUCUUUUAUCACCAUAAUUGCCUUUGUGUUUGUAGUGGGAGCUUCAUGCUGUUUUCUUUUAGCUUUUAUGGGUUCUUGUUUCAUUGAAGACUGGUCACCCAAUGCCUUGUUGUUGUUGUUUUUUCCUUCAAACUUGCCUUUAUACAUUGCAUGUUUUAUUGUCACCUCAUAUUUGCUUUUUAAUGCACCAAAACACAUUUCCAGUUUGAUGUUUUUUUGUUCAUCUAGCGAUUGCAGUGGAAUUUACAAAGAGUUCAUAGCUAAAGGUACGGUCUAAAAUGUUUGGAUAAAUCAGUGUUGUAAUUUGCCAUUUGGAUCCCCAUUAUAUUUACUAUAGCUGGUAUGGAAAGAUUGUGAUUAUGAAAAUACAGACCAUACAAACAUGUCAACGGCAAGCUAUAUUGAAAUCAGUUAUGGUGUACUAAUUUGAAUAGAUGUCAGUGUACCAACGUGGGGUGUUCCAAAUUGGUCACUUAGGAGAUUCUAUAAGAGUUAUGAUGCUCCAUAUAAAGGCAGCUCACAGGUUUAGGAAGAGAGCUCAAACUUUGUAAGUCAGAAACAUUUUUGAGAGUCUGCAAGUGGCAAUUCAUCUACAACUGCUAUUUCACUAUGUUGUGGAUACAACAUAUGAAAAAAAGGUUCCAUGUGUUCAAAUAAAACACACUUGUUUCUCCUCCUGUCAAACUAUAAAAACAUAGACUCUACCAAGAGUAAUGAAAGCUUCCCUAAGAACCAUCUAAAAUGCACCAUCUAUUAUCACAGUGAAAUGUGGAAAUAGUAAAAUGCAUUCACACUCAUUGACUUUCUUUUCAUUUACUCAAAAGGUUUAGGGUUCAGUAAAUGUAAUACACUGAAGUAAAAGCAUUUGUGUAUUAAAAAAAAAAAACAUCUAGCAAGGAGUCUUUUUAACAAACUGGCCAGUUUUUAAAACAGAACAGAAACUUUAAUACUGUUAAUUAAAAAUGUUAAUUUUAACCCAGUUACAUCCGUUGCAUUUUUUUUAAUUUAUUUAUUUAUUUUAUUUGUAUUUAUUUUAUUGUGUUUUAUCUUAUUUUUUUUUUGCAUCUCAGGAAUGAAGCGUUUUUUUCUUUCUACUUUAAGCAAAUAGAAAUAAAUUGGUACGAGGUACCUGUAUGUGUUAAUCAUGCUGCAUUUAAAACAUCAUUAUAUGCUCUUAUUUUUUUCAUGCCAGUGUGUGUAUAUAUGCUUGUUUCGAAUUCAUAUCACACAAGCGGUAUAUUGUUUAAACAUAUCAGCAUAACAAAGCAAAGCUGUCCAGUUGCUGUAACGAUUUGUUGCUAAAUUUAGACCAGAAAAAAAAGAUGCACUCUAAUUUAGUUUGUAAAUGUGUUACACCAAGAGGGCAGUUGUCAUAGUAAGGACAUACUACAAGUAGGUCAAGAUCAAAUAGUUUGAAGAAAUGCUGUUUUCACAGUUUUUCGAAUGACCCUGCUAGAGUUAGCUGCAGCGACAACACCACAAUGCAAACAGUUCCAGAAACCUCUGUAGUUCAAAUGUAAAAGAUAAACAGACAAACUUAAAUUUCACCAUGUUCCUCUCACGUUGCAAAACUAUUCUGUGUGCCAGUGAAGCAGAUGUAGUGGGUAGCAUACUGUGCACUGGUAGAUUGAGUACCUGGUUUAUAAGCGAAAUCGGCUCCCUAGCUCUUGAAACGAUAGUGGCUUCAGAACACGAAGGGUUUGUGCUUCUUGUAGCAAGCUGAAAUGAAAACGCCUCAUUUGGUUUCUUUUCUUUCUUUUUUUAAAUGUGUUCCUUGGUGUAUUCAUUUGGUUCGAAAUUCGAUUUUAAGCCUAAUUCACAUGUAUGGAAUGAAAUUGUUAAAUAAAUAAAUGC